UCCAGUAUCGCUCAUCGAGUAUGACCAUUAUAUGAGUUGCGGUGCACCGCCAUCCUCACAGCAUCUCUGGGUGAUAUGUGUCGUUGCUUUAUGGGCUCCAAGUCACCUGUGCGUGCUCUCUCUGGGUCGUCGAAGUCUCCGGUCUAGAAUUGCUGCUGCUUCAAUUGCACCAACCCCCUCCACUCCUCCAUCAGCUCCUCUGCAGUCCUUUCUUUAUAAGGAUCGCCUCCGCCCUGUAUAGCAAACGAAGGCUUCGCUUCCCGGAGCGAGCAGCAUAGCCGAGGAGCUCUCUCUUUCUAUCCAUCGAUCUUCGAGAGAUGGCGGUGAACAUAACCUCCAUAAAGACCGCAUCGAAUGGGGUGUGGCAAGGCGACAACCCCCUGCACUUCGCCUUCCCGCUGCUCAUAGUUCAGACCACCCUCGUGCUCCUCCUCGGUCGCUCCCUCGCCUUCCUCCUCAAGCCCCUCCGCCAGCCCAAGGUCAUCGCGGAGAUCGUCGGUGGGAUUCUUUUGGGGCCUUCGGCGCUCGGCCGCAACAAGACGUACUUGCACAAGCUCUUCCCCUCCUGGAGCAUGCCCAUCCUCGAGACGGUGGCCAGCAUCGGCCUCCUCUUCUUCCUCUUCCUGGUCGGCCUCGAGCUCGACCUGCGCUCCAUCCUCCGAAGCGGCCGCCGCGCCUUCGCCAUCGCCGCCGCCGGCAUCUCGCUCCCCUUCUCCUGCGGCGUCGGCGUGGCUUUUGUCCUCCGCAGCACCGUACCCGGGGCCGAUGUGGCCGGCUACGGCCCCUUCCUCGUUUUCAUGGGCGUCGCCCUCUCCAUCACUGCCUUCCCCGUCCUCGCUCGCAUCCUCGCCGAGCUUAAGCUCCUCACUACACCGGUCGGCGAGACCGCCAUGGCCGCCGCCGCCUUCAACGACGUCGCCGCGUGGGUCCUCCUCGCCCUUGCCGUCGCUCUCUCCGGGACCAGCGGCAGCGGCAGCCACAGGAGCCCCGUCGUGUCGCUCUGGGUCCUCCUCUGCGGGAUGGCUUUCGUGGCUGUGCAAAUGAUUGCAGUGAGGCCGGCGAUGUCCUGGGUGGCGAAAAGGGCGGAGAGCGAAGGAGGCGAAAGCGAGGUGUGGAUAGCGCUCACUCUCGCCGGGGUCCUAGUCUCAGGAUUCUUCACCGACUUCAUCGGCAUCCACUCCAUCUUCGGCGCGUUCGUGUUCGGCUUGACGGUGCCGAAGGACGGGGAGUUCGCCGGGAUACUGAUCGAGAGGAUCGAGGACUUUGUGUCGGGGCUGCUGCUGCCGCUCUACUUCGCGUCGAGCGGCUUGAAGACGAACGUUGCAAGCAUCAAGGGGGGAAAGGCGUGGGGGCUUUUGGCGCUAGUAAUCAGCACGGCAUGCGCCGGGAAGAUAGUGGGAACGUUCGUGGUGGCAGUGGCGUGCAGAAUGGUGGCCAGGGACGCGUUGGCGCUCGGCGUACUAAUGAACACCAAAGGCCUCGUCGAGCUCAUCGUUCUCAACAUCGGCAAAGAAAGAAAGGUUCUCAACGACGAGACGUUCGCCGUAAUGGUGCUCAUGGCGCUCUUCACCACCUUCAUCACCACCCCCACCGUCAUGGCCAUCUACAAGCCCGCCCGAGCUCACGAGCACCGCAAACUCCACCGCUCUGCCUCCUCCUCCUCCCCGCCGUCCGCCGCCUCCGACCCUAAGGAGCUACGUGUCCUCGCCUGCGCCCACAGCCCCCGCGACGCCCCCUCCCUCAUCACCCUCAUCGAGGCCAUCCGCGGAGGCGCCCGCCCCCGGCCGUCCCCCCUCAAGCUCUACGUCCUCCACCUCGUCGAGCUCACCGAGCGCUCCUCCUCAAUCGUUAUGGUCCGCCGCGCCCGCCGCAACGGCCUCCCCUUCCUCAACCCUCUCCGACGACGCCAGCCGCAAGACCAGGUCGCGCUCGCCUUCGACGCCUACGGCCAGCUAAGCCACGUCCGCCUCCGCCCCAUGACGGCCGUAUCCGCCCUGCCCACCAUGCACGAGGACGUCUGCAGCGUCGCGGAGGAUAAGCGCGUGUCCCUCCUCAUCGUCCCUUUCCACAAGCGCCAGCACCGCAGCCGGGGGGACGACGGCGCCGCCGCCAUAGAGAACGUGGGGCACGGAUGGCGAUCCGUCAACCAGCGGGUGCUGAGGGAAGCCCCCUGCUCCGUGGCCGUUCUCGUGGACCGCGGCUUCGGGGAGGGGGAGCAGGUGGGGCCGACCGAAGUGACGCGGGAGGUCUGCGUGCUCUUCUUCGGCGGCCCCGACGACCGGGAAGCAGUAGAGCUCGCGAGCAGGAUGGCGGAGCACCCCGGAAUCCGUGUCACCGUAGUGAGGUUCAUCACGCAGAAGAGUGGAAACGAGGAUCGGCAAAACGUCACGCUUCGGCCGUCGCCAUUGAAGAGCGCCGAGAAGAGCUACACCUUCUCCACCGCGGUGAUGGAUCGCGAGCGAGAAAACGAGAAGGACGAUGCGGCGGUUGAGGCGUUCCGCAGCAAGACGGACGAGACAGAAGGAACGGCAAGGUACGAGGAGAAGACAGUGGGGAACGUGAUAGAGGCGGUACUCGCGAUCGGCAGGAGCGGCGCAUUCGAUCUGGUAGUGGUGGGGAAGGGGCGGUUCCCGACGUCGAUGGUGGCGGAGCUCGCGGGCCGGCCGGCGGAGCACCCGGAGCUAGGCCCCAUCGGCGACGCGUUGGCAUCUUCAAGCAACGUGGUGUCGUCGGUGCUAGUGGUCCAACAGCACGACGUGGUCCACUCGGACGAGACGCCGGUGUCGAUGGUGUUGGGGGAUGGCGCCGACGCCGUCGUCCUCGAGGUGGACGGCAGCAAACACUAAGCUGAAGCUAGCCGAGGGUAGGAUGAUACAGUACGUAUAUUGUUACAGCAUCAACAGGCAAGUAGCCUUCCUAGUAGGUCAAGUGAUGCAUAUCAUAUUCAUCCUUCAACUUGAUAUUAGUGUUACUAUCAAAUAUUCCAUUUCAGUUCCUGGCAUCUAGCUCAUUUAACCACUAUGACAUAUAUUAUCCAUCUAAAGAGAAUACUGGUUAGUUUA